GGGGCUUGUCGGGGCUCGUAGUUCCCAGGGUGGAGGGGAAGAGCCGUCCGGCCGCGCGCGGGCGGCAUGGACAAGCUGAAGCGGGUGCUGAGCGGUCAGGACGCGGAGGAGCCCGGCGCUCUGGCGGAGGUUAUCGACGCGACUUCGUUGGGCUGGGGCACCCGAGUGAAAGGCUUCGUCGCGUGCUUUGCGUUGGGAUGCGUGUUCUCCGUGUUGGGUAGUUGUCUGCUCUGGGUACCAAGGAAAGGGCUGAUUCUCUUUGCAGCAUUUUACACACUGGGGAACAUUGCAUCAAUUGGAAGCACUCUCUUUCUUAUGGGACCAGUGAAACAAUUGAAAAGGAUGUUUGAACCUACCCGAUUGAUUGCUACUGUUGUUAUGUUAUUGUGUCUCAUAUUGACGCUGUGUUCUGCUUUUUGGUGGCGUAAGGAAGGACUCGCGCUCCUUUUCUGUAUCUUACAGUUUUUUGCCUUGGCAUGGUACAGCAUUUCCUUCAUACCAUUUGCAAGGGAUGCCGUGAAGAAAUGCGUGUCUGUCUGUCUGUCCUAAGAGGAAAGCUGGAUGUUUCACAAAGUUCUAGGAAGCAUAGCAGAACUAUGUUAAGAUCACCGUGUAUGUACUUUGCUACUUCUGUCCUAAACGUGUGCCUUUUGGCUGGUUGUUAGAGGCUCCUUGUGUUAAAUGCAGCGAAUGCAAUUGCGUGUUUUUGGUGUCCAUAGGACAGAGCACUCACGUGACUAAAUGCGGUUCAGCCUUCUUCAGGCAGAACGACUGGGCUGAGACCCAGACUUUGUUAUGAUGAUUCUCAUUUAAAAUUAUUUGGUUUUGCAAAAUUAACAAAGUAACACGUGAAGUCUGUAAAAUGGAGACCUUAAUUCUGGUGGGACCGUGCCAGGCUGGAGGAUUCCUUUUCAGAGAAGAAAUCUGUUGCUGGCUGAUUCCUUCCUGAGAACUCUUGUAGUAGCCUUACCUCACUUAAUCUUUGCACUAUUUAUAUCAGAUAAUGGAAUGCUGGUCUUCUUUUUCUGCCUCUCUUGCAACACUUUAGGUUUAUGAUAUUUUCGAAAGGUUUAAUUCCAGAUGAAAAGGCUGUUUUAGAGUACUUAUGAAAUGCCUCAUUUUGUUUUCUUAAACGAAAAAAUCUGUUUUCAGUUUAGAUUGACUGUGUUUUCUUAAAAUACAUGGGAGGGACAUUUUCGUCUGCAAAGACUGGUUCCUGUAAGAAAAGCACUUGCAAAAUUAAGUUAAUGAAGUUAUUUAGUUGCCAGGAAUGAGUUCUUUGCCCUGACUCCAGCUGAAUGCAGUACAUUCAAGCUGGGAAACCAAUUUAUCACUUGAAAUGAGGUGGUUCUCUUCUCCCCAGCUGUAGCACAGGGGCAGUGUGAAGCUGAGGGCACGACAGGUAAGCUGAGACAGAACCUGUGUGUGUUCUUUCUCAAAGGGCAAAGUCCCUGUUGAUAAAGUGGAAGCAGGCUGGUAUUUAAGCAAGUCCGGGGCAGGAAAAAGACAUUUUCUUCUGAACCUGUGUAUAAGUUAAAACUUCAGCAUGUCUUUUUUGUAAGUGAAAUCAAUUUCAUUUUUCCUAAAACUCUCUUCUGCAUUUGUGAAUAUCUUCUGCUCUGAGGAGGAAGUACAGCUUUCUAUUGUUAGUUUGUGUGUGUGUGUGUGUGUGUGUGUGUGUGUGUGUUUGGUUUAUUUUAACCAAAGGAAGCAUGCAACAGUCUCGCUGCCAGCUUCAAACAAACACUGAAUGGUCAGUAUCCAGGUUCCAAGGCCAUUGCCCAUUCUUCUAAUCUUCUGAGCUAUGUGUAAUCAUGUACUCCUGAACCAUUUCAGUAGUCACUUGUUUAAUGUCUGAAUUCAGGUUCCUGCUUCUACUAUGUUGGAUACUGCUUAACUGUUCUUGCCUUUCCUAUUAGCAAGCUGUCUUGCUGGAACUGAUGGCUGUGAAGGUCAUUAUCCAGUGAACUUUAAUAUGAUCUGAAUCCUCUUUCCUCACCUACGUAGAAUUUAGCCAUCUAACUGCAUUGCAUUUGCAUAGCAAGCAUGUCCUUGACUUGUACCACAAAGACUUCAGUGCAGCAAAAGCCUGGAUCCAUUCAGCAAUAAGGUACAAGCCAACAGUGAAGUAGAAUAAUUCUGUGGUUCCCAGAAAGUUACUAGAAACAGAAUUAACUCUAAACAUUAAUUGUCCUUCAGUUAAUUUAUAAAACACAGUAACAACCUCCCCCCAUUCCUGAGGAUCCUCUCUAAAAACAAACAAACAAAAAAGUAUAUUUUGAGGAUAUAAAAGGGGAACCUCAGCAGGCUUUCUUUGUUUUCCAGCUGGUAAGAGGUACUUUUACAAAGCCAUUUGAACAGAAAAUGCCUUCUCGAAAAUGUGGUACGUUGGGAUGAAUCAGUUCUGUGGGAUAACUUCCCCAAGUGCUAUCUCCUACUGUUUUUUUUUUUUUUCUUCUUUCCAUAGGAUUUGGAAGUUAGUUUUGAAAUGACUACAUUAACUGUUACUAUUACUUUUUUUUUUAAUAAAGAGUUAGUUAAAGGCCUAAGAGAGACUGAGAAUUAAAGAACACCAAUACAUUUUUUUUCCCUGACUCUGGAUAUCUAAAUGGAUGUAAGACGUUCUUUUUUUAAUGAGGGAGUAGGUUCAAAACCUAAUGUACAUCUUUCAAAGGGCCCCAUGUUAGGCUUCUAUUAGGGCUUGGAUAAUAUGUACAGAAUUCCUUUGUGUAAGACCAAUUGAAAUACAGCUCUAUUGCCUUUCACAUCCCAGGGUUUGCUUAGUUUUAAUAUCUCUGGUUGUUCCCGGAGAACUCCACAAGUAUAGUGUAUGGUAUUUUUCCUUCCCCACCCUGGGAAAGUUCUGUUAAGUUGUGUAAUCAUUCCAGGCUAUCAGCAGUCAACAUAAUUGAGUUUUACUUCUGUUUUGUUUAGUUUUUUUUUUAAUAGUUCAGAUUAGGAAGGGAAAAAGCCUUUUGCUUACUCCUUGACUAGCUUUUGCAGGGCUGUAGUACCAUGAGUCUCUAGCAUCUUCAUUGUAAAAACACUAGAUUUGGGUAUGCUGCAUACUACUUUUUCAACUUGUAUACUAUAGCUAAGUGGGACCUUCUAGUGUUGUGAGCACAGCCACUUAGAGGUAGGAAAUUCACACUCUGGAACUGCUUCUUUCACUACCAAGAAAUGGUAAACAUGUAUGGAUUCACACAUGCUUUUUUAAAGCUGUAAUUCCAGUUCCACAGUUUGAUACAACAAUAAAGAAGAACAAAGGUUUAUUUGACUGCACAGCACAUGAGGCUUAGUAAUAGUGCCCAUAAGGGAAGGAAAUUCAAAAGGAGAUGGCAAAGGCAUAGGUGAUCACCAUAGUGCCACUAGGAUUCACGUUGCCUUCUGGUGUUGUAUUCUGUUCUUGUGAAGGUCAGGUGGUAACAGAGAUUCACCAUAUCCUUGCCAAUAGGUGAAAACUACUCAGGGUUUGUUACUUCAUUUACAAGCAGUUUUGAUUUAAAGGUAAUUUCCUCUCUAUCAGAGAAAAACACUGUAGAUUCUUAAUCACAUAUACAGUUGCACACAGGCUAUUGCCAAGUUUAGCAGUAGAAGAUUCUUCUAUCUUGUUGUUCAAAUAAUGUAUAUGAUCGAGAGGUAAAUUAAUGUGAGUGUUCUUUCUUGUCCAGUUUCAAUCUGAAUUAGGUUAUACCAUUUUUGUCAUUAAGACUUCUGUAUGUUUGAUGUCAUCAGCUUUGGUUAUCUGCUUACCAGGAAGCAUGGUGGACUUUUUUAAAGCCAUUUCUAUCGCAAUGUCCUUUAAGGCAGGAAUGUUUGCCGUGCACGCUCUGCUGCAAAGAGAGAUUUGUGUUCUAAACGUAAGGCUCUUACCUUAAUAAAGGCCUUAUGCAGUUGCCUACAGCACUUAAUUCAAGGCUGACUUUCUAAAGAAUCUUCUAUGAUGUUGGAUGCCCAUCUCAGCAGAGCUGGGUGCUCUACCAGAAAGUGCUUCUUGAAAGCCUCGCUGUUGGUCAACUUGCCCAUUGACUUUUGGGGUUAUUUUUGCAGUACUGAUCACUGUAACCAAGCAGCCUUAGCAUGAAAUGUGCCUAUCUGGGAUCAGUUGACUUUGCAGAUACAGUGGAAAUGGAAAUGGGUGACGGUGGGUAUUUGUUCCCAUAGCACUGUGAUUCUGAACAUGAAAAUGUGGGAUUUUUUCAUCACUCCAGGGUUUUGCUCUGGUUGGUGUGGUUGUGAAUACUGACGCUAUCUGAGAUGGUUCUACUGUGCUGAUGUGAACAGGGUGAUCUUGCUUAGUAUUUGCUGUAGUAAGACUGCCCAUGAGCUGCUCCAAAACCCAAGGAAGAAAUUUCUGAACAGAUUUAAAAGGAUUUUAAGAAAUCACAUGGAGAAAAAAAAAAAAUAGAAUUCAUAAGGCUUUGUUUAAAUACUUAGUAUGCAAUUUUGGGGGAGGGGGGAGUUGUUGCUAUGGGAUGGCUUCCAGCAAGGGGCAGGAGGUCGGGCCUGGACUGGUUGUAACUUGUGGGUAGAUGACAGCUGUGCCUGUUAUACACCUGGGGGCUCAGAGUGCUGUCGCUUACAUGCAGUCUGAAGCUCAUGUUCAGGAAACUCCACUGUGGAAAAACAUGACUCCUUGAAGGCCGUGUGCUUUUGCUGUGUACUAAGAUUGAAAGAGCAUUUGUUGAGCUCAUGAAAAUGGUUCUUACUCUGUUUCGGUAGUUAAUCAUGUCGAUGAAGACAGGAUGACUGUUGCUAUUGUGGACUUCAAAACUAAGGAGAAGGAUGACAUAUAAACACACAUCUGUCUUAACUACUGAUGUUUACGACCAUAGCAAAUACUGCCCGUGUAGGACAGAAAGCACAAAAAUGGUAUAUUUUCUCAAAAGUGGGUGCCUUGCUGUCUUUUGACAACGCAGCAUUUUUUAACAGCGGUGGGAAUUGUUUUGUAAAACAAAAACUGGACUCUCAGAACUUCACCACAAUGUUUUGUAUUGUUACUGAUCCUAUUUGUUGCUCUCUUUCUGUGUAUUUGCACUGUUUGAUUUCUACUUUGAUAAAUAUCUUUUUCUAGAACUUUUUUUCUGUAACGAAGCCCUCACGAGUGUUGUUUUUUCUUCAAUAAAGUUGUAAUUGCAUUAAACAAA